GUCUGACUUUCCAUGUACACUACCUGAAACCUCUGACGGUCUCUUCAUGGUAACUCAUGAGAAGAAACCUGCUCGCUACCGCCGUGCUAUCAGUUAUGACAGCAAAGAUUAUUAUAUGCGCCUGAUGCCAGGGAACCCAGCGGUGUUCCAGGACACAGUGGAGGAAAGUUCUGAAGAGGCAGCACAGCAUGAGCCAGAACAUGGGGAAGACACCAUUGCCAGGGUGAAAGGCCUAGUAAAAGCACCUCUUAAACGAUCAAAAUCAGCCCCAGAUGGAGGAGAAGAUGAAAACCAAGAACAUUUACAGGACCAGCUAAGUGAAGGUUCUUCCAUAGAUGAAGAAGAGAAGAUGGAUAGUACCACUCUGCUGAGACUUCUUGAAGAAGGAGAGAAGAUUCAGCACAUGUAUCGCUGUGCAAGAGUCCAGGGCUUAGACACUGGUGAAGGCCUCCUACUCUUUGGAAAAGAACACUUUUAUGUGGUUGAUGGGUUUACUUUGACAGCCAACAGGGAGAUUCGUGACAUUGAAACGCUACCAGUAAAUAUGCAUGAACCAAUCAUUCCUCGUGGAGCAAGACAAGGUCCCAGUCAGCUGAAAAGAACUUGCAGCAUCUUCGCAUAUGAAGAUAUCAAAGAAGUUCACAAAAGAAGAUAUCUUCUACAGCCAAUUGCAGUAGAAGUUGUUCUCAGCAGAUGGGCGCAACUAUUUGCUAGCUUUUCAAAAAGGUGUUCGAAACAAAGUUUACCAAAGGUUUUUGGCAGUUGUGCCAUCUUUGACAGACAGUUCAGAAUCUGUUUCCGGACAGCAGCGCCCAAACACAAGUGUAGAGCAAGGGUCUGGGCUUCUGAGCACUUUAGUGGGAGAAAAAUCAGUUACACAGAGAUGGGAGAGGGGAGAAAUCAGCAAUUUCCAGUACCUGAUGCACUUAAAUACUCUGGCAGGCCGAUCAUAUAAUGACCUUAUGCAGUACCCUGUCUUUCCUUGGAUCCUGGCAGAUUAUGAUUCUGAGGAGCUGGAUUUGACAAAUCCCAAAACAUUUAGAAAUCUUUCUAAGCCAAUGGGAGCCCAGACUGAUGACAGGCUUGCACAGUAUAAGAAACGAUACAAAGACUGGGAGGAUCCUAAUGGGGAGACACCAGCGUACCACUAUGGAACCCAUUACAGUUCUGCUAUGAUUGUGGCAUCUUACCUUGUUAGAAUGGAACCAUUUACUCAGAUCUUCCUCAGGCUUCAGGGUGGUCAUUUUGACUUGGCUGAUCGGAUGUUUCACAGUGUACGAGAGGCUUGGUACUCUGCAUCAAAGCACAACAUGGCUGACGUGAAGGAGCUAAUUCCGGAGUUCUUUUAUCUUCCAGAGUUUCUUCUAAACUCUAAUAACUUUGAUCUUGGUUGUAAACAAAAUGGAACAAAACUGUGUGAUGUAAUUCUACCCCCAUGGGCAAAAGGUGACCCACGAGAAUUUAUUCGCGUACACAGAGAGGCCCUGGAAUGUGACUACGUCAGUGCCCACCUGCAUGAAUGGAUAGACCUGAUCUUUGGAUACAAGCAACAGGGACCAGCUGCUGUUGAUGCUGUCAACGUCUUUCACCAUCUUUUCUAUGAGGGACAAGUGGACAUCUACAACAUUAAUGACCCAUUGAAAGAGACUGCUACUAUAGGCUUUAUCAACAAUUUUGGGCAGAUACCAAAGCAGUUGUUUAAAAAGCCACAUCCACCAAAACGUGUCAGAAGCAGGGUUAAUGGAGACAUGUCAUCAGUAUCCAUGCCACUGGGAUCUGCAUGUGACAAGAUAUUUUUUCAUCAUUUGGACAACUUAAGACCUUCCCUGGCUCCAGUCAAAGAACUGAAGGAGCCUGUGGGUCAGAUUGUUUGUACAGAUAAAGGGAUUCUGGCUGUGGAACAAAACAAGGUUCUAAUUCCUCCAGCAUGGAACAAGACUUUUGCAUGGGGCUAUGCAGACCUCAGCUGUAGGCUGGGAACCUAUGAUUCUGACAAGGCAGUUGUUGUGUACGAAUGCUUAUCUGAGUGGGGCCAGAUCUUGUGUGCCAUUUGUCCAAACCCCAAACUAGUCAUCACUGGAGGAACAAGUACAGUGAUUUGUGUAUGGGAAGUCGGCACCUCAAAGGAAAAAGCUAAAGCCCUUACUCUGAAACAGGCUUUGAUUGGGCAUACAGACACAGUGACAUGUUUGACUGCCUCACUGGCCUAUCACAUAGUUGUAAGUGGAUCACGUGAUCGAACAUGCAUUAUCUGGGACCUUAACAAGCUGUCAUUUGUAACCCAGUUACGUGGACACAGAGCUCCAGUGUCAGCUCUUUGUAUAAAUGAGUUAACAGGUGACAUUGUGUCUUGUGCUGGCACAUAUAUACACGUAUGGAGUAUAAAUGGCAAUCCCAUUGUCAGUGUGAACACCUUCACUGGAAGAAGCCAACAGAUACUGUGCUGCUGUGUGUCUGAAAUGAAUGAGUGGGACACCCAGAAUGUCAUUGUCACAGGACAUUCAGAUGGAGUGGUUCGUUUUUGGAGGAUGGAGUUUUUACAAGUGCCAGAGACGCCAGCUCCGGAACCUGCAGAUGCCAUGGAGUUGCCAGAUGAGUGCUCAGAGGCACAUUUAGGACCCGAAGCUCAGGAUGAUGACAGCAGUGACUCUGAUGUAGAAGAUCAAAGCUCCAGUCAGGACACUGCAUCAAAGGACAGCCAAGCUCAGCCUAGCAAUGUUGUGCAUCGAGCAAGGGCAUCGUCUGCCAGGGCUGGCUUGGCAGCAUGGUCUGGGGAUAGUGGAUCCGAUGACUCCAGGCGCUGGUCGGAUCAGUUGAGUCUGGAUGAAAAAGAUGGCUUUUAUAGUGGUGAACUAUUCUGAAGGCCAUUCAAAACAGUUCCUACAAGCUCAGAGCAGUGCCCAGACAAGCCAGCAGGAGGUCCGACACUAUAACAAACUGAAAACAGGAUACAGAUGGGAACGACAGUUGGUCUUUCGAAGCAAACUUACUAUGCACACAGCAUUUGACCGGAAAGACAAUGCACAUCCUGCAGAGAUAACUGCACUGGGAAUAUCCAAGGAUCACAGCAGGAUUUUGGUUGGUGACGGCAGAGGACGGGUGUUCAGCUGGUCUGUAAGUGAUCAACCAGGGCGAUCUGCUGCUGACCACUGGGUGAAGGAUGAAGGAAUGGACAGCUGUUCAGGAUGUGCUGUGAGGUUUUCCUUAACAGAGAGGAGACAUCACUGUAGAAACUGUGGCCAGCUUUUUUGCCAAAAGUGCAGCAGGUUCCAAUCUGAGAUCAAGCGCCUGAAGAUUUCUUCACCAGUGCGAGUGUGUCAGAACUGUUAUUAUAAUUUACAGCAUGAACGGGGCUCUGAGGAGUCAUCAAGGAACUAG